AUGGACAGCAGAGCAGAAGAGCUAUUCCGAGAGUGUCAGAGUUGCUCAGGAUCAAAAGGAGUUUCAUUCUAUUCAAUCGUUCACGUCGAUGAUGUAGAAGUCGUUCGAAAAAUGCACAUCGAAGUGUUCAAGCUCGAAUCGUACCGUCCUCCAAUUUAUCGGAUGUUCAUAACUCCUGGACAACACUCGUUUUAUGUUGAGUCCAACGUAUUCCGCUACACAACGCAGUCAAACAAAACUAUCGUUGAUUCAAUCACUAUCGUAUCUCAAAUGUUAUGA